AUGGAGGUGGCCUCAACGGCCCAAGCGUCGCGGCCAACGUGGCGACCGCAGUGCGACUUUGAGAACCAGGAGCGCAGGAGCGAGACACGUGCAGCGGCUCUUAUUCUCCCGGCAGCGCUCGAAGACGGACGUUGGGGGGAGCCCAUGGACAUUGACGACUUGACGCAGCUCAUGGAGCUGACCGAGACGACGAUCUUGACGACGCUUGACACGCGCUUCCGGCGCCACAAGAUCUACACCAACACGGGCGCGAUUCUGCUGGCCGUCAACCCGUUCCUCAAGAUCCCCGGUCUCUACAGUCGCGAGACCAUGGCCAAGUACUUGCUGUCGUGCGAAGUGCGCAACCCGCGCGUGAAAAGUAGCAGCAGCAGUAGCACGGGCACCUGCCGUGCCAGCGACUCGAGCACGCGUUUGCCGCCACAUAUUUAUCAAGUUGCUGGAGAAGCAUACAAAGCCAUGAUGUUGGGACUUCAUGGCCCGUCGGUUGUGAGUGAUCAGAGCGUUUUAGUGAGUGGAGAGAGCGGCAGUGGAAAGACAGAGAGCACCAAGUUCCUCAUGGAGUACCUCGCCCAAGCAGGUGCCACUGUAGCAGCACCAGUAGAAGCUAUCGACGAUUCUGCUGCUGCUGUUGUUAUUGCUACUGCUAGAGCAAAGUGUCCAGAAGGAAUUGCUGCAAAAGUGCUGCAGACGAAUAUUUUGCUCGAGUCGUUUGGAAACGCGCGGACCCUCCGCAAUGACAACUCGAGUCGCUUUGGCAAGUUUAUUAAGCUGCAUUUCACUAGUAGCGGCUGCCUCACAGGGGCAAGUAUUCAGACGUAUUUGCUGGAAAAAGUGCGGCUCGUGUCGCAGUCCAAGGGCGAGCGUAGUUACCAUAUUUUCUACGAAAUUGCUAUUGGCGCAUCGCCAGCAGCACGAAAACGUUGGUAUUUGGACCCGCCUGCUGGCCAUCAUACGCCUCUCGGAGACUAUGGCGAAGUGACAGAUACCACGCGCCAGUUUUUGCACUAUCGAUAUUUGAAUCAAAGUGAGUGCUACGAACGUCAAGACGGUGUGAAGGACGCUGACAUGUUUCGACGGGUGAUGGACGCCAUGGACAUUGUUGGCUUUACCCCAACAGAGCGCGCAGGUAUUUUUGACGUCCUCGCGGCUUUGAUGCACAUCGGUAAUUUAUCUUUUGAGCAUGAUGAAAAUAGUGAUAGGCUGAGCCAGUCCAUGGGCCCCGGCGUCGGCAAGUCUGACCUCGCGCCUAGCUGCAUUUGGUCGCGCGAUGCUGCUGCUUCGCUCAUGGCUGUUGAUGCUACUAAACUAGAGCGUGCGUUGAGUAUGCGGCGGAUUCGAGCUGGUACGGACUUUGUGAGCGUGAAGCUCUCUGCAGCUCAGGCAAACAACGCCCGUGAUGCACUUGCCAAGGCGUUGUACGGUCGUCUGUUUGAUUGGAUGGUGACAAAGAUUAAUCACUUUCUCAAAAUGGACGACAGCCAGAAAGCCAAAGGCGGUCUGCAUUUUAUCGGCAUUCUUGACAUUUUCGGCUUCGAGGUGUUCCCAAAGAACUCGUUCGAGCAGCUAUGUAUCAACUUUGCCAACGAGACGCUGCAGCAGCAGUUUAAUGACUAUGUGUUCAAAAGCGAGCAACGGGAGUACGAAUCGCAAGGUGUCGACUGGAAGUACAUUGACUUUUGCGACAACCAGGAUUGUGUGAGCUUGAUUUCACAGCGACCGACCGGCAUCCUCUCGCUCAUUGAUGAAGAGUGUGUCAUGCCUAAGGGGAGUGACAUGACGCUAGCAUCCAAGCUGUACCGAGCGUGCGGUAGCCACCCGCGGUUCGAGGCAUCUCGAAUUCAGCAGGCGCGUGGUCAGUUUACGAUUGUGCACUAUGCAGGCCAUGUCGAGUACUCGUCAGAUGGGUUUUUGGAGAAGAAUAAAGAUGUCCUUCACCAAGAGGCAGUGGAUAUGCUCGUGUAUUCUACACGAGAAGACAGCUUUGCUCGCACGUUGUGUGAGGGAAUUGGUGGCUCGCGUGAUCGUGCCAAGACGUCGUUACGUCAACGUGCACAGACCAGCAAGAAUCGCGGCGCGAGUGUCGGUGUGCAGUUCAAGGAACAGCUGACGACAUUGUUGGAGACGCUGCGGCAAACGAAUCCACAUUAUGUGCGUUGUCUGAAGCCAAACGAGCUCUGCAAGGCAGGCAUUUACGAGCGCGAUCGUGUAUUGAAGCAACUGCGCUGCAAUGGUGUGAUGGAAGCAAUUCGUGUGGCAAGAGCGGGUUACCCGGUCCGUAUAUCACACGAUGACUUUGUCGCGCGCUAUUUCUGUUUGAGAAGGCCUCACGACCCUUUGUCGGCCAAAAAGCGCACGACCUCGAUAAGCUUGCCCAAUACAGCCUCUGGCGAGGGGGCGACGGUUGUCAGCAUUGAGGUGAAAGAGCUUUUGCAGGGCUUGCUUGACGUGAUUCCGAAGGAAGAUGGUGCGAAUCCGCAGGGCGCAUGCGAGCAGCCUGACCAGGGUCAGUUCGCCACGACGUGUAUAUCAGUGGGUAUCCAAGUGGGAUCAUCGAAAGUGUUUAUGAAGAAGCCGGCGUAUGAGUUUCUCGAGGAAAUGCGCACGAAACGUCUUCAUCGCCAUAUGAUUAAGAUUUUCCACGUUGUGUUGUGUGUGACUGCACGCGCGCGCUACUUGAGAUACCUUCAUGUUGUGAAGACACUGCAAAUCCGAUAUCGCUACAAGAAAGUUCAGAGAUUGCGCCGUCGCCGCCAACGAAUGAUGACUCGAAUGAGAAGUGCAGCCAGAAUACAAGGCUUUGUUCGCACGGUGGUGCAACACAAGAAGUUUGUGCGCUUUACAAGCGUGGUGCGGAUGCUGCAGUGCCGUUUCAGGUAUCGCCGAAGGCUGAAAUCGAAGCGCAAAGCAGACCUUGCUCGGAGACUUGCAGACCUGAAGCGUGAGAAGCAGAUGCAGGCAGUGACUCAGUGUACAGCAAGUCCGAUUGCUUCUUCCGACUCGUCAUCGUCCCGUUCAGUCACCUGUAGCUCCAACGAAAUUGAAGGCUCUGGUACGUCGGACGUGUCGGAUUAUUCGUCCGACGACCAGUUCACGUACAACGACACGUUUCCGAAGCACAAUUUAAACACUGUGGAUGAGCAAAGCAGUGAGAUGAUGCCUCGUACGUCCAGUCGCUUGUCCAUGCGCAAAUCUCAAUCCAUUGACUCGAUUACACCAAUGAGCGCAUUUCGACCGUCACGAGCGGUUGGUGACGUUUCAGGGGGACCUAAUGGCCGGGAGUCAAGGUCCCGGGUACCGUCGCGUAAGUCGUCUUUCCGCAUCACUCGGUCGUCCCGCGCAGUAGCACUUCCUCGACUCGACGUGAUUCAGCACACGUCGUGGGUCAAUGACGAAGACCGCUUUAGUUGCCACAUCUGCAACAAGCGCUUCAACAUGUUUAAACGCAAACAUCACUGCAGAGCGUGCGGCGAGGUCAUUUGCAACAGCUGCUCCCUGUAUCACCGAAUCCAGUCCCGAUCCAUGCGAGUUUGUGUGUCCUGUGUGGCAUUUCAUUCCCUGGACAGCCCCACCUCGGCCGGAUCGACGGGUUUCUUGCGCCCUGACGGUAGCAGUGUCCACUCGUCCAACUCGAGCCGAAAAACUUCGAAUGGCUCGGCCGCAGAUCGGAAUCGCAGUAGUACGCUUAGUAGCGGUGUGUGGUUGAACACGUGGCCCGAACCGCCGUAUCCUGUCGAUGAAGACGAGCGCUUGAUAGUGCUGCGCGAGCUCAAUAUCCGCGAGCUGGGACUGUCGGGCAAGUUCAAUAUGUACUGCGAAGUUGCAGCCAAGACGAUGAAGUGCCCGAUCGCGUACGUGAGUAUCAUUGAGGAUGAAGAGCAGCACUUGGUGGCCAACAUUGGCAUGGCACAUACGACGCUCCCUCGCGAGCUGUCGUUUUGUGCGCACACGAUCUGUCAGCCCAGUGUGCUGGUGGUGCUGGACACAAAGAACGACGACCGCUUCCGGGACAACCCGAUGGUCAAGGGCGACAAGGGGGCAGUAAAGAUUCGCUAUUACGCGGGUGCGACCAUCUUCUCGCGCGACGGCCAUGCGCUUGGCACAGUGGCAGUACUUGACACGAAGCCAAGACGGGAAGCCGAUCAGGAGCACAUUGGUAUGCUGCAGCACUUGAGUUUCUUGGCGAGCGAGAAGAUGACGCAGAGCACUCUUCAAGAAGAUAGCGACGGCGAAUGUCCCUGA